AGUGCGCCCACAGCCCAAGAGCAUCUCCCUCGUUGACUUGCGGCCUGGAAUGUGAUCAUAGCUCGCAUCCAUUUCUAAGCAACUGGACCAGUUUGUAUCAAUCUUACUCCUCCAAUUCUCCACCAGUUCAUUUCCUUCUUCCGCUCAUAAUGACUCUCCUCCAUGUCUUCCUCGGACUCCUCCUCUCCCUGCACGCGGCGGCGUCGCGGCGUGGUGCCGCCGCCGCCAUGGACACGGUGUCAGCCGGUAAUGGGCUCGCCGGCAGAGACAGGCUCGUCUCCAACAACACCAAGUUUGCGCUCGGCUUCUUCAAGAUGGACAGUAAGUCCUCCCACACUUACCUCGGCAUCUGGUUCAACAAGGUCCCUAAGAUAAUGCCGGUUUGGUCUGCCAACGGCGAGAGCCCGGUCAUCGACCCCAUCUCGCCAGAGCUCGCAAUCGCCGGUGACGGCAACUUGGCCAUCUUAAAUCAGGCCACCAAGAAAGUCAUAUGGUCCACCCAUGCCAAUGUCACAACCAACGACACCAAAGCUGUGCUCAUGAACAAUGGCAACUUCGUCCUACACAGCUCCUCAAACUCAUCCAUGGUCUUCUGGCAGAGCUUUGACUACCCAACCGACACCCUUCUCGCCGGCGCAAAGAUUGGCUGGGACAAGACCACCGGCCUGAACCGCCGCCUUGUUUCAAGGAAAAAUUUGAUUGACCAGGCUCCUGGUCUCUACACUCUGGAGAUGGGACAGAAUAGGCUUGGUCAUCUCCUGUGGAACUCAACACUAGAAUUCUGGACCAGCGGGGCAUGGAACGGCCGUUACUUCAACCUAGCACCCGAGAUGAUUGGCGCCCUGACACCAAAUUUCACAUUCAUAAACACUGAGAAUGAGUCUACCUUCAUGUACACGUUGCGGGAUGACACGGCCAUUGUGCAAUGUGCGAUAGAUGUCUAUGGCCAAGGGCUGGUGGGUGCAUGGUUGGAACCCAUACAUAACUGGUUGAUCAAUUACAGGCAGCCUAUCUUUCAAUGCGACGUCUUUGCAACCUGUGGACCUUUCACAAUCUGUAGAGAAAAUGCAGAUCCACUCUGCAGCUGCAUGAAGGGUUUCUCGCUGGGAUCACCCAAGGACUGGGAUCUGGGAGACCGAAGCCAUGGGUGCAGGAGGAACACUCCAUUAGGCUGUGAGAAUGAGGGAAACAAGCCAGGUCUUGCAGCUAAGUUCUACCCCGUGCAAGGUAGUAUGAGGUUGCCCCAUGAGGGAGCAAAAGUACCGGCCACGACAAGUGGAGAUGACUGCCAACGGAUUUGCUUGGGCAACUGUUCUUGCACUGCAUAUUCGUACGGUAAAGGAGGCUGCUCUAUUUGGCAUGGGAAAUUGUACAAUGUAAAACAACAAUCUGAUGCUUCUUCAGCAGCAAAUGGCGAUACGCUUUAUAUCCGCCUUGCCGCAGCAGAGCUGCCAGAAAGUGUGGUAAGUAAGAAGCAGAGUGGAAUCAACCUCGUCGGUGCUGCGGUUGGUGCAAGCGCUGCUGCUCUUGUCCUGGUGAUUCUUGGAUUGGUGAUUUGGAGUAAAAAAGGGAAGUGGUUUACUAGCACGCCGGUAAAUGGAGUUGGGAUCAUUUCAUUUCGGUAUGCUGAUUUGCAACGUGCAACUAAGAACUUCACAGAAAGGUUAGGAGGGGGCAGUUUCGGUUCUGUAUUCAAGGGGUAUCUAAGUGACUCAGUCACCUUGGCAGUGAAAAGACUUGAAGGUGCCCAUCAAGGAGAUAAGCAAUUCAGAGCAGAAGUGAGUUCAGUUGGAAUCAUCCAGCACAUCAACUUAGUCAAACUGAUAGGGUUUUGUUGCAAAGGCGACGAGAGGCUGCUUGUGUAUGAAUUCAUGCCGAAUCAAUCCCUUGAUGUGCAUCUAUUUAAGGCCAAUGGUACAGUUUUGGACUGGAGUCUCAGAUACCAGAUAGCUAUUGGAGUUGCCAGAGGCCUAGCCUACUUGCACACUGGUUGUCGGGAUUGCAUUAUACAUUGUGAUAUCAAGCCAGAAAACAUACUUCUCGACACUUCAUUCGUAGCCAAAAUUGCAGACUUUGGAAUGGCAAAGGUUUUGGGGAGAGAAUUUAGUCAAGCAUUGACUACAACGAGAGGAACCAUUGGAUAUCUUGCUCCUGAAUGGAUUAGCGGAUCAGCUGUUACAUCUAAAGUUGAUGUUUACAGUUAUGGGAUGGUUUUGUUUGAAAUCAUAUCAGGAAGGAGAAAUUCAAGUCAAGUUGAGGAUGGUGAUUAUUCAGCCUUUUUUCCUCUACAAGUUGCAAGAAAGCUUCUCAGUGGAGAAAUUGGAAGUCUGGUAGACCCAAAUUUGCAAGGUGACGUGAACCUUGAGGAGGUUGUAAGAGUUUGCAAAGUUGCAUGUUGGUGCAUUCAAGAUGAUGAGUUUGAUCGACCGACCAUGGCCGAGGUGGUGCAGUUUCUUGAGGGUGUUAUUGAGGUUGAUAUGCCUCGAGUGCCGAGACUACUGAAUGCAAUCACAGCAGGAGUAGGUUCACCAACAUCUGACACUUAGUUUUACGUCAAACUUAUGUAUACCUAUCGCAACAUUUUAGACCCAAACGGACGAAAUGCGGACAAACCACUCAUCCGUUUGGGUCGGUGCGUUGGAGGUGCUCUAAUUGACUCAAACUCAUUCUGGACACUCUUGUCUGCAUUCUGUAAUAAAUGAACAAAGAACUAGUUUCAGUCU